UAGCCUCCCAGCCCAGCCCUGCCCUGCCCUGCCGCUCUCUUUGUGCUCUUUCCCGGCAACCGCGGCUGGAGGAAGCCGGCCCGCCCCUGCUAGCCUCCGGAGCAACCCAGCGACGUUUGCCCAGGCGUCAGUAGCCGAGGGAGGAGAGGAGAGGAGAGCCGGCGCCAGGAGAGCGCCUCCGGCCGUUGAUCUCCGGGAGGUGCCCAGCCCUGAGCCGAUUCCUUGGCGCUGCUCCCUGGGAAGUGAGCGCCCGGAUCCGUGUGCAUUGCUUGAUCCAGAAAUCGGUUUUGCGUGUCUCCUCUUCCAUUAAAGGGAGGAGAGCAAAGGCAGGCGCCCCCGGGAUCCCUUUGUUUUGAGUCUCCGCCUCGGACUUGGACCGCCCUGCUCCCACCGGCCCCGGGGAGCGGAGAGCUUCUCUCCCGCCUGCCUUUCGCAUCCGGCUACUUCGUGGCCUUUUCCUCCGCCGUCACAGCCCGGCCCGGAGGCGUCGGUUCUUUUCUGCAUCCCCGGAGAGGCAGGAUGCUUGGAAGGGACACGUCUCUCUCUCCGGUUGACAGCUGCUGAGAGCAUCUGAGAGAGAGCAACGCAGGACGGGGCUCGAGAAGGGGAGAAAUGGACCAUUUCCAGCAAGGGGUCUUCUUGUUGUUCUUCCUGUUCCUGGAGUAUUCGGAGGCCAAAAAGCAGUGCUGGUACUUUGAAGGAUUGUAUCCUACAUACUAUCUAUGUCGGCCAUAUGAAGAUUGCUGUGGCUCACGGUGCUGUGUGAGGACUCUGUCUAUCCAGCGAUUAUGGUAUUUUUGGUUCCUGCUGAUGAUGGGAGUUCUGUUUUGUUGUGGGGCAGGUUUCUUUAUCCGAAGACGGAUGUAUCCUCCUCCGUUGGUUGAUGAAACCACUUACAAUGUGUCAUACACCCGGCCACCUAACCCCAGUACAGCAGGAUCCCAACAGCCAGGAAUGGCGUACUACCCAGACCCUGAAGGUGUUAUGAUGAACCCCAUGGCUAUGUCUUAUCAUGUCCAGCCGAAGUCUCCGCAAGUGAACCCAGUUUACCCACCUCCACCUUCUUAUUGCAACACCCCACCCCCACCCUAUGAGCAGGCAGUGAAAUCUUCCACAUAACCUCGGAGCUGCAGUUUAUGGUGACUUGAUCAGAAAAGGAUCAGGUGGCGAGUAGCAGAAAACUUGCUAGUGCUCCAGCAUCCUUGCCUCUUCUGGUUAGCAGUAAGCGGACAGGAGCAGCAGAUUGGCAGCCUGGGGCAAAUUCUCUUCUGAUAAUUUCAAACCAAGAACAGAAGUCUUUUUUUGUCUAUGUGCUUUUUACUGAAAGUUUGUAUUUAAAUCCUGUAUGUGUUACUAUUUUAAAAAAUUAUCUUUGUGUUUCUAGUACACAUAUUAAUACAUCUUUGUGGCAAAGUAUGGUAGUAAGCACAAAUCAAUAUGGACUGAUCUAACUCCUGGAGCUGAUUCUAUUUUAAAUAUGAUUGAGAGAGAAAGAGAGACUAACAAACAUGAGACAAGAGGAGACAGCUGGACUGACUGAAACAAGAAUAAUGAGCUACAUUUGUUUUUGUUCUUUUAUGAGCUUGGAGAAACAGGAAAAGACUUGAUGAAGCAGACUUAAAGGAAUUUUGGUAAGAAAAUGUGUGAUGAAUGUUUUCUUCUGGAUAAAAAACCCAUUGUUCUUUUUCAAUUGCACAGACACUAGGUAAACAAGAUCAUACCAUCUCCAUCAGAGUCAACUCUGCCCCUUUCAAACCUGGCUCCAUAUCGCCACCACCACCACCUCCAAUUAUUAGGGGUGGGUGGAAAGAGGGGGCAUGUUGUUGCCAAGAAUAAAUUUUUUAAUGUGCUAUUGGUAUUGUGAAUGUCAUAUCAAAUUGUCGAUUUUAUUUGGAAAGAAAAAUUAUUGCAGGUUAUGUUUCUAGAGUAACACUUCUAUAAUUUUAAAAAUAAAACAAACUUUUGCUUUUGGCUGUAA